AUGAAAGUGAUGAGAAUAGAUGUGGAGUUCUCAGGAAUAUGGGAAUUUGGUCACCUGAGGCUGGAGGAGUCAGAGGGAAGUGAAGAGCACAAAGAAAUUGAUAUUGCAAAAACUGUUGUCAAUGGGCUGAGCAGCAAUGGACAAGAAAAAGCUGUUGAUGUCCCUUUAUGUACACGCUCUAUUUCUGCCGUUAAAAUAAUCCCUGUGAAGAAAGUGAAAAGUUCUCCUCACCUAGUGCUGCCUACAGAAACAGAUCCCACUAAAGUCUGCAGCGGAAAAGGAGCUGUGACCCUCCGGGCAUCUCCAGCCUAUGAAGAGAACCAGAAGAUCACUUCACCAUGUCCUCAGGAUGUUGAGCCACCUGAAAAUCUGGAGCCAGAAAACCCAGGAAGAGAUGAUUGGAGCUCGUCAUCUAACACUGAUGCCAAUGGGGAUGCCCACCCAUCUUCUCUGGCUGCCAAGGGUUAUAGGAGUGUGCGUCCAAACCUUUCCUCAGACAGCAAGCCACAGGCCCUUGCUCCUCCCUGUCCUCCUCUUCCCAAAGAGGAGAGCUUUGCAUGGCGUCCUCGCACUGACACUAAAGUGACCAACCUGUUGCCAGUGCCCAUCAUGGACUGUGUGUACCUGAAUGCACCCAAGCCUUAUACGCAGCGUGCAUCACCAAAUGUCAGUGCGCGGUGUUAUUUCUCAUCACCUACCCCAUAUGGGGCCAUCCCCAGUGGUAAGCAAGGCUUGCCAGCAGGGUAUUCUCCCUCUUCAGGCACCAAAGAUGAGGUGCAUGCUGGGCAGCCACUCUUGGGAAGUUGCUCCUCGUCAGAUGCAUCAUCCAUACAACACAACCCUGACAGGGCAGAUCCCAGUAGUAAGGCUGGAAUGAAUUCCAGUCAUGAGAUGAAGGCGGAUAAAAAGGUCACCAAACUAUAUGUAGCUUGUUUAUCUAACAACACUUGCUCAGCCACAUCUGAAAAUUCCACUGGCACUGCACAUGAUCCAGCAGCCAGCACCAGUUUGGGCGCUGAGCUCACUCAGGCACCAGCCACCAACAUUGUUUCCUCUGUAACAGAUACUGGAAAGUCUCUUCCUGCUCCUCCUCCUCCUCCUAUUCCUCCCAGGCCGUACUUUUACAUUGUCCUCAGUAAAGACGCAGUUAGUUAUGGUGCGGGCCAGCCCUCCUGGACUCAGUCAUCACCUCCGCAAGCUGUGAGGGACAGAGUGCUAGAGCCCCAGAGCACAACUGCCACAGAGGACAGGAUGAGAAAAGAGCCCUACCUUACUCAGCAGCGACAGCCACCAUACAAGGCAAUGGGACGCAGCAUGGACCCAGGUCCUGUGCUAAAUGAAGUGCCCCAGCCUGGCACUGGCACUGACUAUCCAACCUUCACUUCAAUCAACAAGUCUUCCUCUGCCUAUCCCUCUACCACAAUUGUCAAUCCCACUAUUGUCCUCUUGCAGCACAAUCGAGAACAGCAAAAAAGGCUUAGUAGCCUGGCAGAUUCAGUGCCGGACAGACUAGUUUCUGAUAAAGUUGACUCAGCACUCAUACGGGACAAGCCAGCUCAGGAGCCAGUACCGAGUGAGAAGAGGACAAUGGAGGAGAAGAGAAGCAUUGGCAAGAGCCCUCAGCAAAUGGCUGAUACAUCUGUCGAUGAUAUUGGUAUUCCACUGAGGAAUACAGACAGAUCGAAGGACUGGUACAAGACAAUGUUCAAACAGAUCCACAAGCUAAAUAGAGACACUCCUGAAGAAAACCCUUAUUGCCCUACCUACAUAUUUCCUGAACUUCCUGAAAUCCAGCAAAAAAAUGAAGAAGACAAUCCUUAUUCUCCUACAUACCAGUUUCCUGCGUCUACUCCUAGUCCUAUCUCUGAAGAUGAAGAUUCUGAUUCAUACUCUCCUCGUUAUUCCUAUUCUGAGGACAGCAGAAGCCAGCUUUCAGUUCCCCGCUCCAAGAGUGAGACGGACAAUAUUGAUUCAGAGAAGGUUGUUAAGAGGUCUGCCACUCUGCCACUGCCAAACCGUACUUCAUCGCUGAAAUCAAGCCCAGAAAGGACUGACUGGGAGCCUCCAGACAAGAAGGUGGACACCAGAAAAUACCGUGCUGAGCCCAGGAGCAUUUAUGAUUAUCAGCCAGGGAAGUCUUCAGUUCUGAACAAUGAAAAGAUGACUCGGGAUAUAAGCCCAGAAGAGAUAGAUUUAAAGAAUGAACCUUGGUAUAAAUUCUUUUCGGAAUUGGAGUUUGGGAAACCGCCAUUUGUUCACAUGCCUCCAAAAAAGAUUUGGGAUUAUACUCCUGGAGAUUGCUCUAUCCUUACUAGAGAGGUUAACCAGACUGAUCUAGAAAAAGACCUCUACCUCUACCAGACUGAGUUAGAGGCAGAUUUAGAAAAAAUGGAGAAGCUUUAUAAAGCGCCACAUAAAAAGCCACAGAAGAAUACAGCAGGUGUUACUCCUCUGGAAACUUCCACAGACCAUUCUUCCUACUCCACAUAUUCACCUAACCAUGCAGUGAAGAGGGAGUCAGAAAUAGCACUGGGGGACCCUGCUGGCUUGGAGAAUGAAAGGCAGAUUUACAAGAGUGUACUGGAAGGUGGAGAUAUCCCGUUCCAGGGGCUGAGUGGUCUCAAGCGACCGUCUAGCUCUGCUUCCACAAAAGUGGAUCGUAAAGGUGGGAAUGCUCAUAUGACUGCACCCUCUUCAGUUAAUAGCCGAACCUUUAACGCUAGUCAUACCGGUAUGUUAGGUCACACAUGUAAACAUAAGAAGCCCUUAUCAGCUGCAAAAGCCUGCAUUACUGAAAUCCUUCCUUCUAAAUUCAAACCCAGACUAGCAGCUCCAGAUGCUCUUGUGCAGGACAAGAAGGGUAUAUUGCUGUCUCAUGAGAAAGCUCAAAGCUGCGAAAACCUUCGUAGCUCCAUUGCCUUGUUCGAUAAAAAAGCUUUCAUGGUAGACAUAGGGGAAAGCAUAGAAAACAUGUUGAUGAAGUCAAAGCAGGAGUAUGCUAUCAAAUCCGGCAGUACUAUGAGCCUGCAGGAGUAUGGCACCAACUCUAGGAAAGGCUACUUGUUCCCUGCCUCCAGGAAGAGUGGGAUGGAGUUUACAAUGCUGUAUAAAGACAUGCACCAGAUCAACCGGUCUAGGAUCCAUUUGGGCACAGUCUCCUCCUGCAGUGUGAGGGAUAUUGCAUCUCAGUUUGAGAAUGAAGCAAAGGACAGGAUGGAGCACAGCCUUAGUCGAGAGGAUUCAGAGCAGAUCCCCAAACACACCGUUUCCUCCCGUAUCAGUGCCUUUGAGCAGCUGAUCCAGAGAUCCCGAUCAAUGCCCUUGCUUGACUUUUCCACUGGACAAAGCAAAUUCACCACUUCUCUCCAGUCUAAGACUUGUUUGAGUUCUGCCUACUCUGCAGAGUUUCUUCUGGAUUUGUCAAAAGCACACCAAGAAGAGAAGGAUGCUGCCAGUCUGGCAGAUAAAUCCUCCCAUUCCUGCAGCAACGUGGAGGACACAACUUCAGAUCUCAGUGAUGCCAUCCCUAUGGACAUACUUUCAACUUGCACAGAUGAGAUAGAUCUCCUGUCAAAUGCAUCCAAUGACAGUGGCAGCAGCAGCAGCAACUUCAAUGGGCCUCAGAAGCAUAAAAUCAACAGAUGCAAAGGCGCUUGCCCAGCUUCCUAUACCAGGUUCACUACCAUCCGAAGGCAUGAGCAGCAGCAGGCCUCCAGGAACCCUGAAUCUAAAGUGGAUGUCUAUGGGGACAGACAUGUCCUCCCCAGAAAUGUCUACUUAAUGAGCCCACUCCCCUUCCGAUUGAAAAAGCCCUUCCAACACAAAUCCUGCAGGACUCCACCCCCAGACUGCCUGGGAAGCCCGGCAGUGCCCAGCCCUGAGAACUCAGACGACCCCAUACAGCUGCUGGGGAGUGUAGGAGACAAGAGUCACCACUCACAGCACCAACUGUGCUCCAGAAGCAGGCCUCUAGCCCCCAGGCGCCUGUCUUCCUUUGACAUUGUGGAGAGGCUUGGCUACUUCCCCACCAUGGGAUCUAGCCAAGAUAGCUUCAUGAGCCAGGCUGGCACUCCUGACUCCUUAAGCAAUGGGAACCCUGUUCCAUAUGCCCUCUGUCACAGCCUGGACACAAACAACAACCCGCAAAGUGAACUUGGGACGUACCUAGGAGAUUCAGAAUCACCAAGGCAUUUUGCACAAGUUGAUUAUAUGGAAACUCCAGAAGAAAUCAUCCGCAGACGGCAUGAUGAUAAAGAGAAACUUUUAGAGGACCAGAGACGGCUUAAACGUGAGCAAGAAGAAGCUGAUAUUGCAGCUAGAAGGCACACAGGGGUUAUUCCAACGCACCAUCAGUUUAUCACUAAUGAGCGAUUUGGGGACCUCCUAAAUGUAGACGAUACAGCAAAGAGGAAAUCUGGGUCAGAGAUGAGACCUGCUAGAGCCAAGUUUGACUUUAAAGCACAGACACUAAAGGAACUUCCUCUGCAGAAAGGAGAUAUUGUUUACAUUUACAAGCAGAUUGACCAGAACUGGUAUGAAGGCGAACACCAUGGCAGAGUUGGCAUCUUCCCACGAUCAUACAUAGAGCUCCUCCCACCAGCUGAGAAGGCUCAGCCCAAAAAGCCAUCACCAUUGCAAGUAUUGGAAUAUGGAGAUGCUAUUGCUAAGUUCAACUUCAAUGGGGAUACCCAAGUUGAAAUGUCCUUCAGAAAGGGUGAAAGGAUCACAUUGAUUCGACGAGUGGAUGAGAAUUGGUAUGAAGGAAAAAUCUCUGGCACCAGUCGCCAAGGCAUCUUCCCUGUCACUUACGUAGAGGUGCUCAAACGACCAGUGGUCAAGAAUGCCAUUGACUAUCCUGACCCACCAAUGUCCCUGUCCCCUAACCGCAGCAUGACAGCUUCACCACAGCAACCUCAAGCACAGCAGCAAGGAGCCAGCCCUGACAGAAGUCAAAUACCACGAGACAUAGUUAGCUACCAAGCCCUCUACAGCUACACUCCUCAGAACGAUGAUGAGCUGGAACUGAGGGAUGGUGACAUUGUUGAUGUCAUGGAGAAAUGUGAUGACGGCUGGUUUGUGGGUACGUCCAGGAGAACAAGGCAAUUUGGAACCUUCCCAGGCAACUACGUGAAGCUUCUGUACCUGUAAAAUAACAGUGAUCCCAUCCUGACUGUGGUGGGUUUGUUUUCCAGAUGGUGUUUUUAAACAGUGAAGAAACAGACAAUUUAUGAAUGUAAUAGACAAGAGACGAGAUGUGUUAGGAGGAUGUGGUUAUGUGGUACAGUAUUGAGUUGAAUGUGUAGCCCUGCUUCCACAAAUUCAGGGUGUGAUUUGUUUGCUGAAGAAGAGACAGUUUCUAGUUUACAGUGCUGCCUUUCUGUAUUCCUCUCCACUCUCCAGCAAAAGUUCUGAUGAUAAUCUUAAAUUUGUAUGGAGUAUUUACCUCUGAGAAGGCUUCAGGGAAGCACACGGUAUAGGUUUUGUUUGUGUGUUGAGAUAGGAUAGUGCUUUGGGGCAGUACACAGCCUUGCAGCUGCUCCCUUUCACUGGCACAAGGUUCAGGGAAGCCAGGCUUUCUUCCUGGUUUCUGCCUUGCUGAAGACUUACUUUGCUCUGCCUUCCCCUUCCAUAGAAAACCGUUCCUUCAUGUCACACACCUUAAGACCCAUCAGAGGUAGAAGACAGCUGAUAUGGUUAAACUGCAAAACUCUGUGUAGAAAAGGAGUUUGGGACUGGUGGUUUAAUCCAGAGAGUUCAGCCACAGCAUAAUGCAAACGCGCAAAAAUCCCAAACCCUUUAAUAACAUAUUGCCUAUUGCUGCCAGUUUUUUUUCUUUUGUGCAAGGGGGUGUGUGUGUGUGAGUGUACCGUGUGCAUCAAAACAAACUGAGUCCUGUUUUUUAAAGAGAAAUCCACCUGGCUUUGGCAUUUAUCUGCACAAUGGAUAGAAUUAAUAAACAGAACGUUGGUGAGAGCAAAUCCUGUUUGAGUCCUAUGGCCAUUCACUUUCUCUGCUCCUUCUGCCCUGUUGCUGGCCCUAAAGGAUGACACACUUCUCCAAGCAUACUCUUUGGGAUGAAGACUUUGCUUCUUUCCUGGCAUUAAAUCUUAGAGGCUCUAAUAAAUCUAAGCCACAUAUCACUGAGGGUGCCUUUUUUUUUUUUUUUGUUACAGUGUCAGUGGUAGGUCUCAAAUACAUGCAUUUUGGCUGUCUCUUAGUCAUAUAAAAAAAUCUAAUAAAUUUGGAAAGCUGUUCCCAGCAGUUAUUACCAGUUAUAGAUUCAUAUUUCCUUGAUGAAAAAAAACAUGGCUUGGCUGUAUGCUUGCCUGUAAAUCCACUAUGAAUACUCUUUUGAUAGACAUUUUGUUAUUAAGAAAAAGCAUACACAAAACCGGUUCUAUCAGACUCUGAUUCCUACAGUUACCAUACAAAUAGCAAAGGGUUCAAUUGCUAUUUUGUCAUAAGCCGUAUUUAAUAAUAUAAAAUGCCUAUUUUUAUGCUGAUGCUUUUAUACAGAUUUAUUAAGAGUAACUACAGCUAACUGUUAGCACAACUUGCAAUGUUUUGAUAAACUAGCCAUGCUCCUGGAUUUGAAAUCAAAUAGGCUUGUCUUCCACCUAGGUGGGUGGAAGAGAAGACUCAGUGUCUCAGAAGUUUGACUGUAAAUAUGUAUAUUUAACUUUGUACAGACAAUGUACUUACCUUGUAUAGAAAAAUAAUUUAAACACAUUGAGUGAAGGGAGGAAAAAAAGGCAGUUGUGAAAGGUUGGGAUUUUUUUUUCCACUUUUAUUUAAAUGAUGGAAUUCCAUGUAUGUUCACAUAAAGAGUUUUAGCACAAAAUAUCCAUUAUGAAAGGUUUUCAGAUAUGACACAAAGCACCACUGUUUCUUUUCUGCAGGAGCUACCUUUAAUCCUGCAUCUUAUUUAUGGAUUGUUUUUCUGCCUUGGGUUUGCCCUCCAGUUAUUUGCAGCAAUAUUUAGGCCUGUUGCUAAGAUUGGAUAACACCAAAUUAAUCUAUCCAGCAAAGUAACAUGAUGAUACUGACUGUAUAUAACAUACUUAUUUAAAGGUUUAUUUUUUGUUCUUGCUCUUGCCAUUUUAAGUUACACACACACACACACACACACAUAUACAAACUGCAACUUAUUUUUGUGUUGAUUUUCUGUUUCUUAAUGCAGUGGAUUACUAUUUGACAAUUAAUAAAUGGAAUUAUUGAAUUAC